CGGCUGCAAUGGAGCUCCGACGCAUGGUUCUCUUUGCGGCCGUCGCGGCUACCACGGGACUGCUGGCCGCCGACGCACAUAGCCUCUCCGCCACCGUAGCAUCUUCCGUCUUGAACCGUCCCUCCGUCCGACUAUGUGGUACACACCUUACAAACGUGGUGCUCAUGCUCUGUCGAGAUCGUGGAGGAGUGCACAGCCACGUGCGACGGCGUGCUGCAAGAUUAAGUGACACACCCAUCAAUAGGUUCCCAUCCUACAUAAUCUACAAGCCUUCUCCUAGUAGAAGGAACUCCGUGAGUGGCGAACAGCAAGAAACAAGCACAGCAAGCAGCAGUCAAGAUUCGUCCAGGGAAAAUCGUUACUUUGGGAACAGCAGUCAAACGGGAGGCAUCGUAGAAGAAUGCUGUCUACGGGCGUGUAGCUUCCGAACGUUGGUCAGCUACUGCGCCGAGCCCCACGCAGGCGAAACCUUGGAAAGCGUCAACGUCAUCGCCUCUCCUCCAGACGGCCCCGAAGCGGAUGCCAGGAACGGUUUUCUGAGCGACGCUGCACCACCGACGCCUCCUCCUCCCCAAAUGGUCGCACAAGCGGUUGCAGAAGUCGCCAGGGAACACAACCAGGUCGAGAGUCACAGCUCUGGUCAGGGAAGCCGAUUACUUUCCUCGGGGUCCUACCGGAAGGCGCCACAGUCUUUCGUAGCUAGGCCUCGCAUUGGUACCUUCAGUCGACACCAGCCGUACUGGAUAGUGCUUCAAUCAGGAUUUGAUUCGUCCGAAGACGAAGGUCCAACUGCAUAGUCCGUCAAAGUGCAUUUAUUUAUUUAUUGCUCUUCUUCAAACUCGCACACAAGUCUAAGUUCAUUGCCAUUCCGUUCAUGCAGUGUCGACGUACUAUUUGCUAAAGAAGGUGAACUUUUAGGUCUUUCUUUGCAUAUCAUUUAUGUAUAUGAGGCUGUGAGCUUUCAUGGAGUUCCGUUUUCUCUGUGCCAACAAGAACAAAGGUCGGUCGACGAGAAGACGAAUGAGAUUCCUCAGGGUGCCAUCACGCGCGCAGUCAGAUCAAACUGCCAGUCAUUCAAUUCUGCCUUUGUAUAUUAUUUUGUAUCCUUCCUUAGGUCUUAUUCCAAUUUUAAAAGUCAGCAUUCCAGGAUGACUUAUGUAUCAUAUUUCUGUACAUACGCCUCAGUAAAAACAUCCCAGCUGAAUUUUAUGUAUUUAAACGAAGGUGAUUCAAAAUUGUGUCUUUUGUUACGUAAGCGAAAUGAACCACAGGGUGGGAAAAUCCACCUGGUGGUAAAAUGUUGAACCAUCACACAGCCGUGCGUUUUCAUGCUCGAGAAAGAAAUUUAACUUCGCCUGGUGAACACGAAGUGAAAGUAUACAGUAUAUACAGGGAGUGACUUUUUCGGGUUAAACCGCCCGAUUCCGCCCGGUUAUCCCCCCCCCCCCCCCCCAAACUGACAUCCGACCAAUUCGGGUUAAACCCGAUUUCUCCCUGAAUUCGGUUCGCUAUGAAAUCCUCAAGUGACCUUUUCACUGAAGAUGAACAAAGGUCGCCACGUGCAACACAUGUAAGAAUGGGUCACUUAACGUUCCCAGAAUUAUAUCCACGCGUGUCAGCACUGCCUAUGCCUUCGGGGAUUACCGUUGGUAGGUAAAAAAAAAAGAAGAGGAAAGUAAAAUAGGAAAUGACUCAAUAGACGGGAGGAGAACCAAAACACCCGAUAACACCUGAAGGCACAAUCAUCGCCCGAUUUCUCUCCAAAUUACAGAAGUAAAAAUAGCACCCGAUUUUUACCCCCCGAAUCUGAGAAUGGCAUUAAACCCGAAAAAGUCACUCCCUAAAUAACAGCGUAGACAUUCGUGGGGAGAGGGCGUUAAUGUCAAAGAAAACGGGGAAACGGUUAAGGCUCCUCGUGUUGCACUAGCACCAGAGUUAACUUCAACGCCAUUGCAGCCCUCUGUGGUGCUUAGUAGAAAUAACGGAAGGAUGGGGUAUGUGGAACUAAAAGCAGUCAGUUCCACAAAAAUGUCUUUCUUUUGGAUACGGAUUCAAGAAAAGGCGAGCACUUUAAGAAAAGUAAGGAGUAAAGUAAGUCACUGCACACAAAACUCAACUUACGACAUGGAAAGCGAUGAAAGAUGAAAGGCACUGAAAAGGUUAGCCAGCUGUAGGGAUCGAACCCACAUCUUCUUGAUUACCGGUCCAGGGCUCUACAAAUUGAGCUAAGCUAACACGCCUCUCCAGCGACUUUCGGGGUGCGUCAUCUGAAGGGACGACAAACCAGCCACUCACUCUCACUCACCCUCCUUUAGAGCCCUUGACCGGUAAUCCAGAAGAUGUGGGUUCGAUCCCUACAGCUGGCUAACCUUUUCAGUGACUCAUCUUUCAUCGUUGAUUUCUUAGGCAAUUUGAGGCUUUGUUUGUAUCUGUCCCUUCUAUGUUGUUCCAGCCUCAGAACAUCAGUUUCUCUCUUGUUCGACAUGGAAAGCACUGGUUCUAGUCUGGGAAUGUAACUUGCUAUUAUUUGGGAUACAUUUUGUGAAUGUUUAUUAACUCGAAGUGUACACUGUUAUGUUUCCAUGACCUCAGCACAGCUACUCUGCAUGUACGCAGCACAUGGCAAUUGUGUAAUUGCUAGUUCCUGCCAUCAAGACCUGCAAGCCUGGUUUCGUGACGAAACGUGUGUUAAGAUUUUCUGGUACCGAAAAGCUUUAAAAAUGUGGGCUGUACAACUGCACUGUACUAGUGCUCAUUCUGUGCACGCCUGUACCCUUUGGAUGAAGAAACCGUUUACCGGUGGUCACUGUGAUACACCUGCAUCUUAUGUACAUGCAGCAUACAGGUCACGCAAUGCAGCCAUUGAUUGUGAAACCUUGACAGAUGAUGAUAAUAGCUGAUCUCAACUGAGUAUCUUUCUGGAAAUGGCACAAACUUGAAACAUUAUCUGUGACACAAUCCUGGAAAUAAUUUCUCAACGGUACAAAGUGAUAAAAAAAAAAAAGAGUGAUGUCUUACGAUAGUGUCUAGAAAAAGGAGUUACAUGUGGAGAGCCUUUGUCAUUAGUUUUUCAUCAAAAUUUUUAGAAAAAGCCUACUUAGUUAAGGUGAAAUGCACUUUUUCAUUAUGGCAGCUACAGAAAAAUUACCAGACAGAAAUUAUAUCUCCCUCAUCCUACAAAUACAAACAGCCCCCCCCCCCCCAAAAAAAAGAAACUUCUCAUGGAUAUAUUCCAGGCCGUGGGUACUACAUCUGGCAUUGCUCGAGUGCAGUAGACAUAUCUUCCAAAAAUAUUGCACUAAUACAUCCAGAUGAUAUGUCAAUAAAAUAAAAUAAAACACAUCUUUUGACUAACAUUGAUCGGAAGUUGAACGUGAAGAUGUUAGAAUUGCAGCAGCACCGCAAUUUAGGUUUACAAAAGGAAAUUUUUUGGAGUAUAUUUAAAAGGACGAACAGAAAGUGUUUCAGCACCAUAACUUCUCUCUGUCUGGCGUGAGAAGAUGCUGUCCCUGUUGACAAAGCAACGUGAUGAUCUGAGAAAAUGUAACUUAUUUUCCUAGAUAUGAAAAAAAUCUAAUCACUCUUUUUGAUCACCCUGUAUAGGUAGUUUUAUGUGUUUUAACGAGAUGUCAUUGUACAGAUGUGUAUAUUGUUUUCAUGUCAAUAUAGAGGAUUAAGAUAUUGUUACGUUGUUAAAGAAACUAAAUUGUACUGCUUCUUAAGCCACUUGUUCGUGAAUGCUGUUUUCCUUCGUAUCCUGUAUAAUUUGUUUUGUGGUGUUUGUUUCAACUGUUCCUGAGAACUGUAUAAAGUCAUUUAUCGUAAAUUAAAUGGUUUUGUUUUGC